AUGGACAAAAACCAGAUCUACGAGAAAGUCCAAAGAGCUUACAGUGCUGCUGUCAAGGGCAACGGUAGUGACUAUGGACGGAAGGUCGCUGUCGCAUUUGGAUACAGCGAGCAAGAGCUGGCAAGCAUCCCCGACGGGGCUAAUCUUGGUCUAAGCUGCGGAAACCCAUUGUCGCUCGCAAAACUAAGAGAAGGAGAGAUCGUUAUCGAUCUUGGCAGUGGAGCUGGGUUUGACGUGUUUCUUGCAGCAAAAAAAGUCGGGGCCCAUGGUAGAGCUAUCGGAGUAGAUAUGAACAAGGACAUGCUUGAGCGAGCAGAACGGAACAAAGAAAGAGUCCAAUCUAAUAAUGCUUCAUUCGUGGAGUCUCGAAUCACCAAAGUGGCAUUGCCAGACGCCAUUGCCGACUGCAUUAUAAGUAAUUGCGUCGUAAACCUUGUCCCAGAGGAAGAAAAACAGCUCGUGUUCAACGAAAUGUUCCGGUUGCUAAAGACUGGUGGGCGCGUGGCAAUCAGCGAUAUCCUGAUGAGAAAGGAGCUUUCACAGGAGCUGAAACGCGACGUGGCUCUAUAUGUGGGAUGCAUCGCGGGUGCAAGCGAAGUGAAACAGUAUGAAGACUAUCUUCACACAGCAGGGUUCGACGACAUUCGAAUCGUCGACGCCCACAACGACUUGAAUGUGUACAAGAGCAAAGGGGCAGAAACUUCAAGCCAAUGCUGUGGUACAGACGCGAAGAGCCCAUGCCGUGAGAAGUCGUCUCCUGGUUGUGAUAACCAGGGUUCCGAGCAAAAUGAUGCUUUCGAAGCCAGCAGAAACGACUUUGCUGCUUUGGAUUUCAAUGAGUGGGCGGGUUCAUUCAAGAUCUAUGCCAUCAAAGCAUGA